AUGGACGGCGACGACGAUGACCGCAUUCUUGGCUUGGCGCCGCAUGACCCGACCGCCGCCUCCGCGCCACCCGAAACGCCUGUCGGUUUCACUGAAGAAGCGGAGGAGCAAGGAGAGGGGGAAGAUGCAUUCCUUGACCUGGGCCGCUCCACUGACGAUGACGACGACGAGGAGGUUGACAAGGAAAACGGAGCAGUCGUUGCCGCUGGCUGGGAUGGCGCUGGGAAGAACGAGAGUGAAGCGGACGCUGAAGGAGGCGCUCCACUUUCCGACGAGGCACUCAUGCGCAUUGACAGCAAAGCGGAGGCCAAGGCGCUUGGGCGGGACUUGUAUAAACGCUGGAAGAAGCUCCAGAAGCGCAGCAAGAAGGGCAGUCACCACCAUGACAAAAAAAAGUCGAAGAACAAGAAGGGCGAUAAGAAGCGUAAGGAUAAGAGAAGUAGUGGGAAAAGACGCGGGCGAGCAGAGGAUGAUGAUGCUGAGGAGGAGGAGGAGGAAGAAGAGAGUGACGAUAAGGAUGAUGCCAAGGUGGGACGCUCCGGUGGUAAGCCGCGGCGGAAGCGCAGCCGCCGCGAGAAGCCAAUCGAGCUCGGAGACGAGGACUUGGGCGCGGCGCCCUUUGCCGAACUAGACGAGGUGCUGCAGGUGGAAGAGGCCGCGGCGCAGCGUGGCAGCGGAAGGCGCAGCGGCGGUAGCAAGCUUACCGAUGUCGAGGCGCGGCCAAAGAAGAUGACGGCAGACGCGCGCCGCGUGGCCCUGUGUGCCAUCGCGGCGCGUGUUGUGGGCGCGAUGCGUGAGGCGCGGCUUCAAGACGAGAUGGACAUGAACCAGCGCCGUCCGCCACUGCAUCGCGUGGGCAUUCGCGAGGAAGUGAUUGCGCAGUGCCGCCGCGAGGCAAUGCGGCCCUUCCUCAUCACGGAGGGCAUCCUGCAAGAGUUGAGUACGUGGCUGUACGACUUCAACCGCCGCGAGCUUGCCGCGUAUGAGCUGCGUACCGCCGCGCUUGACAUCCUCCUCGGGUUCCCGAUCGACGGCGAGCUGGACGUGGCGGUCGCACGCAACGGCGACGAGAUCCUCGACGUCUUUACUGGCGUGACGCGCGAGCACCUCAUUCACACCGACCUCGGCAGCGCCACCAACGCGCUGCGGCAGGACAAGCAGGAGGUGCACCAGAACCGCGCCAAGGCGGUGCGGCUGUUGGAACGUUUAAGCCGCGCGAUGGCGGGCGGUGUCAAGUCUGUGCGUCGCGGCGGCAACAACGGCGCCGGCGGUGGGUCGGCAACUGGAGGCGGCCCCUCCAGUGGUCUGACAUGGAAGUGCAAAGAUGACCCGACGGUGGCGCCACCGUUCCACAUUGUUCAGACCGGGACGGAGGUGUUUCAGAGCACCCUCGCACGGCCAGACCCGCUCGACCCCAUGUCGUACCUCCGCGUGCCACCCCGACGGGCGCCCAAGGCGUAUGUGACGAACCUGGGUGGCAACGUCGGCGUGGAGGAGAAUUAG